AUGUCCCAAGAGAAGUUCACAAGAACUCAGAUAUUUGGUACGAUCUUUGAGACCACCGCUAGGUACGAUGAGUUGAACCCAGUGGGUAUGGGCGCCUUUGGUUUAGUCUGUUCUGCCAAGGACAAGCUUACGGAGCAACAAGUAGCAAUUAAGAAGAUUAUGAAACCAUUUUCCACUCCUGUUUUGGCCAAAAGAACUUACAGAGAGUUGAAGUUGCUAAAUCACCUGAGACAUGAGAAUUUGAUUACACUAACAGACAUCUUUCUAUCUCCUCUUGAGGAUAUUUAUAUUGUGACGGAGUUACAAGGAACGGACUUGCAUCGAUUGUUGACAAGCAGGCCGUUGGAAAAACAGUUCAUACAGUACUUCCUGUACCAGAUAUUGAGAGCACUGAAAUAUGUGCACUCGGCCGGAGUUAUCCAUAGAGACUUGAAACCAAGCAACAUUCUUAUCAACGAAAACUGUGACCUUAAAAUAUGUGAUUUUGGACUGGCUCGUAUCCAGGACCAUCAGAUGACCGGUUACGUUUCUACAAGAUAUUACCGUGCCCCAGAGAUCAUGUUGACAUGGCAGAAAUAUGAUACAGAGGUCGAUAUAUGGAGUGCAGGGUGCAUUUUCGCCGAGAUGAUUGAAGGAAAGCCUUUGUUUCCUGGUAAAGAUCAUAUCAAUCAAUUCAGUAUUAUUACAGAGUUACUUGGAUCUCCACCCACUGACGUUAUUGAUACUAUUUGCUCUGAAAACACACUAAGGUUUGUCCAGAGUCUGCCUCAUAGGGAACCGGUGCCUUUAAUAGAACGGUUCCAGGGAGUGGAGCCUGUUGCUAUUGAUUUGCUGGAAAAAAUGCUGGUAUUUGAUGCACGUAAGAGAAUCACUGCAGAGGAGUCUCUGGCCCACGAGUACUUGGAGCCCUACCAUGACCCUACUGAUGAGCCUGUGGCAGCAGAGAAGUUCGACUGGUCGUUCAACGAUGCCGACUUACCUGUAGACACUUGGCGAGUAAUGAUGUACAGUGAGAUUUUAGACUUCCAUCAAGUUGAGGAUCAAUGA